GGAGCCAUGGAGGUCUGCGGGGCUGUUUCCCUCCCUCGGCUGGAGGGGGACUUUGGCCUCCGCCCCUCUGCGGGAAAGGCAUUCCCGAAGUCCUUUCUGGAAGUAGCCGUGUUCUUCACGGAGGAGGAAUGGGCUCUCCUGGGUCCAGGCCAAAGAAAACUCUACUGGGAAGUGAUGCAGGAGAAUUACGAGACCGUGGCCUCCCUCGAUGUGAGGGACACGGAAACUGAGAAGGAACAAGACAAGUUGAUUGUGGAAAGAGAUGUAGAUCUGCAGAUAGAAGCAAAAUUUGAGGUUCAAAUGGUACCCAAGAGAGAGUUGAUAAGCAAAAGGAAAGCAAAAGAGAAGCAGAGAAAAGAAUCGGUAGCCCAUCAGAGCAGGAAGCUGCGUGAGUUCUCAGCCCAAGGUGAAAUACAGAAGAGAAAGAGAAGACAUAAGUGCCCACUGAUUGAGAAAGGGUUGAACUGCAAACUCAGAGUUAAAAAAUAUCAGAACAUUACAACAUGCUGGAAAAGAUGUACAUGCUUGGAGUGUGGAAAGAUGUUUCAGAAUAGGAAGGUAGCUAAACAUCAGAGGAUGCAUAGGGGAGAAAAGCCCUAUAGAUUCUUGGAGUGUGGGAAUAACUACUCUCAGAAUAACACCCUAACUAAACAUCAAAAGAUUCCCUCAGGGGAGAAGCUAUAUAAAUGCUUCAAGUGUGGAGAGAGCUCCCCUUGUGUUAGUGAUGUCACUAGACAUCUUAAGAUAUAUAAAGGAGAAAAACCAUAUAAAUGCUUGGAAUGUGGAAAGAGCUUCUCUCUGAAGGGCUACCUAACAAAACAUCGCACGGUCCACACAGGGGAGAAUCCAUAUAAAUGCUUGGAGUGUGGGAAGAGCUUCUCUAGGAAUCACAGCCUAGCCUUGCAUCAAAGGGUACACACAGGGGAGAAGCCUUAUAAAUGCUUGGAGUGUGGGAACUGCUUCUCUCAUAGUAGCAACCUAAGCACACAUCGAAGGGUUCACUCAGGGGAGAAGCCAUAUAAAUGCUUGGAGUGUGGGAAGAGCUUCUCUCUGAAGGGCAACCUAAGUAUCCAUCAAAAGAUCCACACAGAGGAGAAGCCAUAUAUAUGCUCAGAAUGUGGGAAGAGCUUCUCUCAGAAUAGAACGUUAACUAGACAUCGAAGGGUUCACACAGGGGAGAAGCCUUAUAAAUGCUUAGAAUGUGGGAAGACCUUCUCUUGGCAUAGUACCCUAAGUAGCCAUCAAAAGGUUCACACAGGGGAGAAGCCAUAUAAAUGCUUAGACUGUGGGAAAAGCUUCUUUCGGAAUAGUACCCUAAGUAGCCAUCAAAAGGUUCACACAGGGGAGAAGCCAUAUAAAUGCUUGGAAUGUGGGAAGAGCUUCUCUCGGAAGAGCCAGGUAACUAGACAUCAAAAGGUUCACACAGGGGAGAAGCCGUAUAAAUGCUUCGAGUGUGGGAAGAGCUUCUCUCUGAAGGGCAACCUAAGUAUCCAUCAAAAGAUCCACACAGAGGAGAAGCCAUAUAUAUGCUCAGAAUGUGGGAAGAGCUUCCCUCAGAAUAGCAAGUUAACUAGACAUCAAAGGGUUCACACAGGGGAGAAACCUUAUAAAUGCUUAGAAUGUGGGAAGACCUUCUCUUGGUAUAGUACCCUAAGUAGCCAUCAAAAGGUUCACACGGGGGAGAAGCCAUAUAAAUGCUUAGACUGUGGGAAAUGCUUCUUUUGGCAUGGUAACCUAAGGAGCCAUCAAAAGGUUCACACAGGGGAGAAGCCAUAUAAAUGCUUGGAGUGUGGGAAGAGCUUCUCUCGGAGGACCAACCUAAGUAUCCAUCAAAAGAUCCACACAGAGGAGAAGCCAUAUAUAUGCUCAGAAUGUGGGAAGAGCUUCCCUCAGAAUAGCAAGUUAACUAGACAUCGAAGGGUUCACACAGGGGAGAAACCUUAUAAAUGCUUAGAAUGUGGGAAGACCUUCUCUUGGUAUAGUACCCUAAGUAGCCAUCAAAAGGUUCACACAGGGGAGAAGCCAUAUAAAUGCUUAGACUGUGGGAAAUGCUUCUUUUGGCAUGGUAACCUAAGGAGCCAUCAAAAGGUUCACACAGGGGAGAAGCCAUAUAAAUGCUUGGAGUGUGGGAAAAGCUUCUCUCGGAAGACCAACCUAAGUAGACAUCAAAAGAUUCACACAGGGGGAGAAGCCAUAUAAGUGCUUAGAAUGUGGAAAGAGCUUUAGUGGGAGAAGGAUCCUUAACUUACACCACAAGAUUCACACAGAAGAAUAAUUGUCCAAUCAAGUCAGCGUGUGGAAAACCAAUCAAAGUGGCUGGACUGGGCUGCUUGUAGCUAUGAUGUGAUUUAUGGUCGCUGCCCUGGCAAGGAACAUCUUUCUGCCUAAUUUCCUCCUUUUCCUCCAUCCCCCCUCCUUUCUUUUUGUUAGCUUCAAAUAUAUGUACGUUGCACCCCUGGUGAACAAACAUACAUAUUUUUCUGUGUAUUCUCUUCAAGCUUCUCAUGUUAAUGGAUCAUUCACCAAGCUGGUGAGAUUGAUUAAGGCCUCCUAUUACCAUAAAGAAAAUGACAAGUGCUAUAACUUUCUAGUGGAAAUAAUUUUGAUUCUAUUUCAAAAAUUGUGAUAUUGUAGAUUAAACUUCUAUCCUCCCCCUCAACGAUCAAUAACUCAUGUAACGUAUCAUCUUCUUUAUCUCUUAGGGCUAUCUUAGGUGGUUUGCUAUUUUGAUUCUUUUGUGUAAAAAAUGAAUAGGUGUCUCCUGCUUGGACAAGGGUGCUCUCAUCUCUGUUCCCUCAGUUUAGAUCGGCUGGUGGCAUUGGAGAGCCUGGAAUGUAUCAAAUGCAUUUGGCAGUUUUUACUUCUCUCAGUAUCAUGGGAAGAUCACCCCUUGUUUUCAGUGCAGUUCAUGUGAUGCAAGGCUUCUGUUUCCAGUGGCUCAAUGCUGUAGAACUGGCAUUGGAACAGGACCAGGGAAGACAAUUCAAGAGCACCUGGAUAUCUGCUGUUCAUUAUGUGUCAUCUCAUGCCUCAAAAGGCUCAGCUUUAAGCACGUAAAUCCAAAUGGAGAGGUUUUUAUUGUCAUGUGUGAAGUUGCCUGGAAACGUUUGUGCUUCUUCUCAACCAAGAAAAUAGAGGUGAAACUCCAGCUCAUCCUGAAGUAGCCAGACAAAUAAAUCGACCCUGUCUGAGAAAUUGUUCCCCUCAGAUGGAAAGAGCUGGUAUGGAGCCACCAUCAGAAGAUGAAUAAUGGCUGCCUGAUGGAUUCCAGCCAUUUUAACUUACCUGAGAGCAGAUGAGAAAAGUCUACAGAAUAUCUAUCAAUAUCGACUUGAGACUUUUGAAAUUCAUGAAGAGAAACCAUUGUCCUGCUAAUCGUACUAUAUAACUGAGUAAGCAUAUUCAAGAUAACUAACUCACUUCUUAUCCUGGUGCACCACCAGAUGGAGCUGCCGUGGAGGGAAGCCCAGGCAAGACACCAUGUCCCUCUCGAGAACAUGCCAUGGCGGGAAGCCCAGGCUGGGAUCAGGCUGGGAGCAGGUGACAAUGCCAGCCCCAACCUUAAUGCAGCUGAAAUUAGGAGCGGAGCAGGGUGCAAUGUUCACCUCCCCUUAACCUAGCUGGGAUCAAGAGCAGAUGGCAAUGCCCACCCUCUCUUUCACCUUGCUGGGAAUAGGAGCUGAAGAGGUGGAAAUGCCCACACCCGUCUUAACCUAUCUGGUAUUAGGAACAGAGCAGACGGCAGUGCCUUUCCCCCAUCACCAAUUCAGGGAUCAUUUGUUCACUGGCUAUUUUUGUAUUAUAUAAUAGCCAGGACUGACAUUAGACAACACCGAACUCCCCAGCAGGAGCCUACUUAAAGUAACAGGGAGUAUAUAGGAGCACAUCCCUAAAGCAACAGAUCGUACAUAAAGCAACACAGUGGUGACGUCUGUGGUGAAGCAUCUGUUUGACAGCUUCUCCCUACAAUCAGCCUUCCUAAAGGGCUUUGUGUAUGAAAGCCAAGUCCUUGACUUGGCCCAGGAACUGAUGGGAACUGAUGGGUAUCUGGUGUGGAGUAAGUAGUAAAACCCACCAUCCCUUCCCAUGGCUGAAAUCAGGAGUGGAGCAGGUAGCCAUGCCCAUCCUCUCCUUCACCAGCCUGGAUCAGUGUUGGAGGAGGAGGGAAUGCCUGCCUGCGCUCCCUCCCCUUUCUAAAGCCCAUUCUAUUUUUCCCCACAACGGGCUUUGUUGCUAGUAGAUUCAUGAAUGGCUUGCUUUGUGCUUUUCUGUUUUGCAUUUCAGAAUUUUUUUCCUGUUUCCAGUCCUAGGAGGACAGUUGAUGCAUUUCAGGUAUUAACCACCUGUUAUCUAUGUAUUCUCAAGUAAUUUCCAAUCUAGUAAAUCAA